AUGGGGGAUGACCCUGGUGGCGGGGAGCCAUCACGAGCAUUUGGAUCUAGAUUUGGCCCGUUGGCGUAUAUCGAGGACCGUGAAGCAAAACAGACUGGAACGACACACAAACAUAAGAAACGUGGAAUUACCAGAGAUCUGGUUCAGGAAAAAUCUUUUGCCAAGGAAGCGCGCCUGGAGGGGAACAAUGGAUCACGCUACUUGAUCCUUACACGUACCGAUGAAGGAGAAACAAUGGAAAAAGUGUCACCAUUUUUUAUAAAAAAGGCAAUUGACACCAUCACUCCUAAUGUUGUAAUCAGUCGUAUGCGAGAAGGUAAAUUGAUGCUGAAAUCAAUCGAUAGACAACAAGCUGAAAAAUUGAUGAAGCAGACGGUUUUGGGAGGAAAGAUUAGCAUCAAGGUCGAGGAACAUCCAACUCUCAAUCUUACCAAAGGAGUAAUUAGCUGUCGGGACUUCAAGUACCUUAAGGACGAAGAGAUUUUAGAAGAACUUAAGACUGAACACGUGGUUGCAAUUAGACGGUUCAAAGAUCGCAUCCAGGACGGUAAACCGUUAAUCUCAUCCACUUUUGUGCUAACUUUCAACCUUGGACACUUGCCAUCAUCGAUCAACGUCGGUUUCUAUAACUGCAGAGUGAAACAAUAUAUACCAUCUCCCUUGAGAUGUUUUAAUUGUCUUCAAUUUGGACACAGCAAGGAACGGUGCAGAGGGAAUCGGAUCUGUGCAAAAUGUGCGAAACUCUACCACGAACAAGACUGUAUAUCACCAGUAGUAUGUGUAAAUUGCCGCCACGAACACCAUGCUUUGUCGAAAACAUGCCCAGUUUACGAAGAUGAAUGUGAGAUCCAGAAGCUUAGAGUAACUGAGAAAAUCUCUAUCCGAGAAGCCACUCGUAAACGACGACUUCAGGCCCCGAAUCCAAUUCCAGCACGGCUAACGAGAAGCUUUGCUGAAGUUGCUCAACACGCUGUCAACGAGAGAACGAAACCCGAAGCUUUUAACAAGAACAAUGCUGCUGCUGUUGUUGUUAGGAGUGAUGCUGCUGCGGCUACUGCUCGACCGAUCAACAAGGCUGGAGAUGCUAAUCAAACUGAAAGCUCAGUCCUUUCAAAGAAAGCAAUCGCAGUUAAUCAAGUGCGUAAGCCGGUAACAGAAGAAACCGAAGGUAAUCUAACACCACUAACAUUAGAGAUAAAUAAUAAUGUAAUCAAAAUGAGAGAAAAAAAUGCAUUACAACACAAUGUUUUAACCCCUAUCGAAACAGUAGAACAAGAUGAAAUACUAGCAACAACAGAAGAUUUAUUGGAAGAUUCACUAUAUCACCCCAUACUGAACAAAAACAAGGUAUCUAUUAUAUCACAAGCAAUCAGUACGUCUAUGUUUAUUGAUGAAAGUAAUUUAGAAGAUUUGUAA